CAUCGACAGGACACAUUUUCGCGAACAAUCUCUGCGCAAUCGCUUCCAGUUAGCAAUCGACUCGAUGACUUAUCAGAGCUGAGCAUAUAUGACAGAACAUUACAUAUGUUGGCAGUUGAUCCAAUAUAUCAAAAAGAGGUAGCUCUUGGAAAGCGUAUAGGUUUCUAUCGACUUGGUAAGGAACUUGGAGCCGGAAAUUUUUCGAAAGUAAAAUUAGGAAUACAUGUUCUUACCAAAGUUGUCACGCAAGAGAAACUUAGUUGA